UGGUCACCGCGCGAGCCGAUCAGGGAACCACAUUCGCGUGCCUCCGCGCCGUCUGUUAAAAGCCCCGAUGGGGGGAAGAGGCGGCUGCAAGCGAAGCAACAACAACAACAGUUGUCUGUGCGAGUUGAUCGCCGAUCGCCGGGGGCACAGAAAGUGGAAAAUUCCCGCGUCCCAAAGUGGUCUUUAAACUACACGCUCCGCCUCACGUCACCGUCAGCUCUGUAUCCGCCGCUGAAGACAGAAGACGGGGGAUGCGAGGACCCUGACGGACGUUAAAGACGUUAUAUUCGACAUGGCCGUCUGGUUAAUAAGGGGCGGGAGGUCUGUGUCCACUUAGCAAAGACCGAGCUGUACCCCGAGUGUGUUUGACGUGGGUCUUUUUAUUUGCGAGAAAAUGGGCACGCGGAGCCGAUAGGGCGUUUUUAAAGUGCACCUCUUUAGGCGUUGGACAACCGGCUAACGUUAGCGGGCUGCCCCCCCUCCCUUCUGGACCCCUUCCCACGGGCUGCCCCCCCUCCACACCCCACGCUGGACCUUACCGCUAACCGGUCUUUUAUUUCUUCUGAGCAGAGGUAAAAAGCUCCUGCUAUCGGAUGAAAUCUCGUCUCGUCACCCAUCGCACCGUCGCUAGGGGCCUCCGCUGGCAAACUGCGUCACCGAGUGGGCGCUGCGGGUACUCGCCCCUCAAUCUGCACGUUGGGAACGCCUGGCCAUGGCACGAAUGACCUGGAAACCCAAGUGACCGAGCCCAGGGACAAUCGACCAUGGAGCCGGAGGCCGACUCCAACUCCGAGGCCCGCCGAGGACCCAAGCGUCCGCCCGGGGAGCCCGACUCUGAGCGCCCGCUCCCCGCCGACAUGCUGGAGGCCGAUGCUGACGGGACUGCCCGCCUCGUGGACUCUGCAGUGAGAGGCGGGAGCGACCCCAUCGUCGACCCUUCCAGCAGUUAUCAGAGGAACGUCCACCAGAGGUUCAUCAGGAGAAGCCUGUGGUUCUCUGAGGCAGACGAGCAGGCCUUUGAAGCACCCGAGUGCGACAACCGGAAUAAGAUCCUGAACAUAAACCUGCGGACGAUAGUGGACAGGGCGCGAGGGACUAGCUGCGGGCCGCAGGAAGGCUCCAGCACCGAAAGUCAAGGCGGGCUAAAGGACAGCGCAACAGAGAGCGCCAGUGCCGACGAGGGGAAGGAUAAAAGCGGGGAUGCUUCGAACCUCGCGUGCAGUGAUGGUGGCAAAGCCGCCAUCAAGGCCGCCAGCGAGGAGAACGAGGAGGAGGCGGAGAUGAAAGCGGUCUCCACAUCUCCGGGGGGACGGUUCCUCAAAUUUGACAUAGAGCUGGGCAGAGGCUCCUUCAAGACGGUCUACAAGGGCCUGGAUACUGAGACCUGGGUGGAGGUGGCCUGGUGCGAGCUGCAGGAUCGCAAGCUGUCAAAGGUGGAACGCCAGCGCUUUAAGGAGGAGGCAGAGAUGUUGAAGGGGCUUCAACACCCAAACAUUGUCCGUUUCUAUGACUUUUGGGAGUCGCCCCUGAAAGGGAAGAAGUACAUUGUGUUAGUAACAGAGCUCAUGACGUCAGGAACGUUAAAAACCUAUCUAAAGCGUUUCAAGGUAAUGAAGCCGAAGGUGCUGAGGAGCUGGUGCAGACAGAUCCUGAAAGGCCUUCACUUUCUGCACACCAGGACCCCUCCCAUCAUCCAUAGGGACCUCAAAUGUGACAACAUCUUCAUCACCGGCCCGACCGGCUCGGUCAAAAUAGGGGAUUUAGGACUGGCAACACUCAAGGCAGCUUCCUUUGCUAAGAGCGUCAUCGGCACGCCGGAGUUCAUGGCCCCAGAGAUGUAUGAAGAACACUAUGACGAGGCUGUGGACGUCUACGCCUUUGGCAUGUGUAUGCUAGAAAUGGCCACCUCUGAAUACCCAUACUCAGAGUGUCAGAAUGCAGCUCAGAUAUACCGCAAAGUCACAAGUGGAGUGAAGCCCGCCAGCUACAACAAGGUCAUGGAUCCUGAAAUCAAGGAGAUCAUUGGGGAGUGCAUCUGCCAGAAGAAAGAGGAGCGGUACACCAUCAAAGACCUGCUGAACCACGCUUUCUUUGCUGAGGACACGGGCGUGAGGGUCGAGCUAGCGGAGGAGGAUGAUGGGAAAAAGGACUCGAUAGCUCUGAAACUUUGGGUGGAGGACCACAAGAAGUUAAAAGGGAAGUACAAAGAGAGCGGCGCCAUCGAGUUUAUGUUCGACCUGGAGAGGGAGGUUCCCGAGCUGGUCGCACAAGAAAUGGUGGAGUCCGGCUUCUUCCACGAGAGCGAUGCCAAGACUGUGGGAAAGUCCAUCAGGGAUCGCGUAGCUCUGAUCAAAUGGAGAAGGGAGAGGACAGUGUCUGCUGCGGCUCUAGUGGAUCGAGGCGAAGUGGGGCACAGGGUGCAGGUGACUCCCCCUUUGGGCAUCAGCGCCGGGGCUGCACCCGUUGGCCCGCCUUCGCUGGAACCGGAAGAGCCCGAGGCCGACCAGCACAACAGGCUGCGCAACCUACCGGCCAGCAGCACUUCAGUGACGUCAGACGGCACACUUGAUAGUGGCAUGGGUUCUGCUGUGUUCUCGGACUCCCACAGCAGCCAGCAGAGUGUCCUCUACCAGUCCCUGCUGGAGCCCAUCACUAUGGCAACACAGCAGUGCCAGAGCAGUAGCCCGUUUCUAACAGAUGGAUCUCACUCCUGUGAAAAGGGGGAAGUUUGGGGGGCCACGCUGAGCCCAGAGCUCAGGACUCGAUUAAGAGCCGCGACCCGAAGAGGAAGCGCCCCGGUGAUUGACACUGACAGAGCAAAUCAAAUUGCUCAACUCCACGCCCUCAUUCAGUCACACAGAUCAAUCAGUCCCACCCCGACGCAGCCGGACUACCAGCUGGAGCUCCACCCACCAGAGCUCCACUCAGAGGCUGAGUGUGGGUUCCUUUUCUGGGGUAGUUUGCCUGUCCCUUCCCCCUCAGAGUACCGCCGGUUCAGCGACACGCCAAUCAGACCGCUAUCGGAGGCCGCCGGUGAGAACUCGACCCUCCCUGUGCUGAGCGAACGAAGGCACUCCGACCUCAGUAGCUUUUUGAGUCUGACCUCUCAUCACAAUCACCCCUUUUGCACACUCCGAGGCCACGUGUGCCAGGUCUGCCUCUCUUUGCUUCUUCUAAGGUCGAGCGAAGGGAGCCACCGCCGUCCGCCUGUUCCCAUGCCAAUGCACCACUUUCCAUGUGACUUGAGGCUAAAAACGUCCACUGUUGGAGCAGCGAUCGCCCCUGGAUACGGACGCCCGAAGGGUUCCAGCGAUUGUUCCAAUUUCUCCCUCCUGCAGCAGUCGCUGUUCAACAUAAUCAGCCGCAAAGCAGCCCCUUGUCCUGCCCAGGCUCCCCCGCAGCCCUCCGCAGCCGCCCACAGGCCUGCACGCAGCGCCGGAGACAGCGGCCCCAAAGGUCGCUCACCGUGUGACGGUUUGGCCGGGGACCAAGAACCCGUCCUGGACUGUGAGAAUGAACCCUGUGGCAGAGAGCAGAGAGUUUCCCGAGCCGUGGGAGUGGCCAGUAACGCAGGUCACAACAAUCAACCUUCGCUACAUGUCCUGCCGUCUUCCAGCACAGUGCACACACCGCUGCAGUACCUCCAGCCCGGACACAGCUACCCUCCCGCUCCAUAUGUUGGCCAACACAGCGCCGCAACACCAGCUCCAGCGAGUCUCUGUUCAGUCAACCUCCAGCACGCUGCCGGCUACACACCUCCGAGUGUGCAACAGACCCAACUUGCAGCAAAUAUUUCAGUAUCAGCUGUGCAGCAACAUGGUGCACAGAGCUACCAAGCACCAGGCCACCACCACCACCACCAACAACAACAACCGCAGCAAGCAGCAAGCUCUUUGACUUUUCCUCUGAACGUACAACCAACUUGUCCAAACUGCGCGGUCGCCACUCAGCAACAGGCUCACAGUGCUUCGGGAUGUCACACUCCGGUUCGGCAGCAGACUGCCGCGGCAGCGGCCACCCUGCCAGCACAGCAGCCAGCACAAGGCUACCCUCUUGCAUCUGUAGCCCCAACCGUUGCAGCUAUGGCCCAGUGUCAUCCUGCACAAGCUCCCAGUGCACUGCAGCACGUCCAAGCCGCGGUCCAACUGCCAAGUCACAGCUCCUCCACACCAGCACUUUACAGCCAGCCGAUGGCCCUUCAACAAGAGCACCAACCGAACAGUCAGACCAACGUACAGCUGGCGCAGCACGCAGGGCAGGCUCACAUCCAGCCUCAAGUCCAGCAGAACCAAGAAACUUUGUUGGUGCACACCAUGCACCAACAAAUGGCACAACCGCCUACCCGCCUGUCUCAGGGUCAGCAGACUCCAGCUCUCCAGAAGCACAGUCAGACAGCCAUGCAGAUCCAGGACCGAUCCCAAUCUACGGUCCAACUGCUUCAGACCCCAGCUUUGGCUCCCCAGGUCGCGCAGGUUGAAGCAACACACCCGAGUUACCCUGCCGUCCGUCAGCCUGACGCUGCCUCGCAGAGCUCUGCACAUUUGGCCCUCAGCGCGCUGCAGCAGCAGCACACUGCUCCGGCUCAGGUCCAGUACCUGUCCUCUGGAGCUCCACAGACCUUCGGAGCACAGCAGAAUAAUGCUGCUGGUUUUAGCGUUUCCCAUCUCGGACAAGAUGGACAGGCUUCGAGUGCGCCGACUCAGGUGCUGCCUCCUCAACAGCCGAUGGCUCCGGUGCACCAACAACCUGUGCACAUGUCAAACCCUCUACCCCCAACACAUCCAUCCCAGUUUCCUGCGCAGUAUCCCACAAUCCAGGUGAUGACAGCUGUGACUGACUGUGAAUCCUCCCACCCUCACUCCUGCUCUGCCCCUCACCCCUCAACCUCCUCUUCUCUCAAUCACAUCUUCCUUUCUCCUGGGCAGACCGUGACCCCCUGUGUCGCCCCCCUUUCUCCUCUGCACACACACAACAACGUGUUAGUUUUACCCACCCCGGUGUCCCUGAUGCCGUCCCCCUUCCCCCAUGCUGCGGGAACCACAUCCCCACAGCACCAGCACACCGCUGUUCAGCAGCAGAGUGCGAGAUCCGAAGCUUCUCACUCGCAACCCGUGUUUAUGUCGGCCGCAUCCUCCCACCCCUCACACACACACACCGGCCCGUGCCAGAACACACACCCUCCCACAAAUGGCAGCACUCAGCCUCUGAUGCAGGCGCCGGUGAGCCACCCUGAGCUCGUCCCCUUUGCUCUGCUCAGCCAACCCGCCGUCUUUCCGUCUCCUCUGCAUAAUGGCUCCGACCUGGGCGCCGUCACCACGGCUGCCCAGCCGGACAACAAGAACCCACAGGGCCAGAUCCCUGCACUUCAGCCCUCUGACUCUGCCAGCUCCGGUCUGACUCAGCAGAAACCGCUUGGUAACCUCGCCGAUGCUGCAGGUCCGGGCCCAACGGAGACCAGCGCGGAGGAUCAGGGGGCAGAGAAGCACUCUGGAGGACAGAGCUAUGACAGCGUCAACUCGGACGCCACGUCGGGGAAGGAGAUGAGCGAUGGUUACGAGGGGACCCACGGAGGUAAAGGCGAAGCGAAAGUCCGCAGACACCACCGCAGGUCCACGCGCACUCGCUCUCGGCAAGAGAAGAUCAGCAGGCCAAAGCUCAACAUGCUCAAUGUGUGCAACACUGGCGACAAAAUGGUCGAGUGCCAGUUGGAGACUCAUAACCACAAAAUGGUCACUUUCAAGUUUGACCUGGAUGGAGACGCACCGGAGGAGAUCGCCACCUACAUGGUGGAGAACGACUUCAUUCUGCCUUUAGAACGGGAAGUGUUCAUCGAGCAGCUCAAGGACAUCGUGGACAAGGCUGAGGACAUGCUGAGUGAGGACCCCGAGGGCGAGAGGAACUCUGACCACGGAGGCAGUCCGAAACAGAGCGACGGCGCUCUGGGAGCGGAGGGAUUGAAGGCUUCCUCGCCCAGCACACCACAUCUGGUGUACCAGCAAAAUGUCCUCCACACUGGCAAGCGCUGGUUCAUCAUCUGCCCCGUAGCUGAGACGCCUACAUCGGACAAAGACGAGACCACAUCUCACACUUCUACAGCCAUUGAAUCUGAAAUGUCCGCCUCAUCACCGGUCAAGCCCAAGAGCAACGCUUCUGCAAACGCAAUCCCAGUCUCUUUAUCCUCCCAAAGCCCGUCCUCCUCCUGCACCUCCCCUUUGCCCCCCGCACCGCAGACCUCGGUGCAACCUCAAGACCAAAACAUCGAGACCCGGCUCCAGCCUCCUCAGCCCUGUGCAACUAAGCACACCCUCGCUUGCAGUGCCGGCCAUCACAACUUCCUUCCUGUAGAAGAGCCUUGCGUCUCUACUGUCUCCAUGGUAACGGACAUUCCAUGCUGUGCUAUUGUGCCGCCUGUCUCUCUGGAUGUCAAUGCUUUUGAUGGAGGAGGAGGAGCCGGUGAUUUUACCUCUUCCCAAACUAAUCAGGCCACUCAGAAGGCCAGUCCCUCUGGAGAACUGCCUCCUCAGCUGGCCUCCCAUCAGUCUGUGGUCCUGCAGCAACCCUUCGCCACGCCCAUGCAGCCCGGGACGGUCACCUCCCAGCCACAGAGUCCAGCGCAUCAGACACCCCAGAACUCCAGUUCGUCGAGCCACCAGCAGCCGGCGAGUGGAGGGCCGGGUGAGUCUGACAGUGAGGGUCCGCGCAGGGUGGAGUUUGCAGACCGCACCAUCAAGACUUUGGAUGAGAAGCUGAGGAACCUGUUGUACCAGGAGCACGCUCCCUCCCAGCCCUCCAGCACUCCAUGCGACCCCCCGGCCUCCAGCACAGAGGGGGUGAGCUCCCCUCCGGUCUCGGACGGCCAGAGCUCCGAGGGAGUACACGCAAAGAAAAAAGCGGAGCCGCUGCCUCAGAUUCCAGAGCGCACGGAUAGUGUGGGUGCACUGAGUGACUCUGCCGUGGCAGCCACUAACAGGGUUUUGAACGGAGGAGACGUGACCACCAGCUCCAGUCCGACCGGCUCCAAAAGCCGCUUUCAAACUCCACCGGAUGUCGUUUGCUGUUUGGAGAAAAGCAAGAAGAGCUGCGGCACCCCGGCGCCCUCUAGUGCCUCCGCAGGCUCACACAGCCAGUCCCAGGGCCCGGGCAGGAACGGGGAGGACUGCAAGUCCCCGGGAAAGUCCUCGGCGACGGCUCUAGCCGAUCGCGACGUGACGUCCAAACCACAAAGCAGUAACCGCUACUCCGCCCCGCCGAACUUCUACCAGGCCACCCCGACGAGCAGCGCGGAUGUCACGCCGAGGCACAUCCCCCGGGCCCAGACGAUGGACACGCCGACCCAUCGCAACUCCCGCCACCCCUCUCACCUCUACUCGGACUCUGCGGACGAGGACAGCAGCAGCGUCCCUCCCCCGGUCCACUCGCCCCCCCCUGCUCGCGCCGAGCACGGCGGAGGCGAUCUCAUGAAGAGGGCCGUGGCUUUCCUGCGGCGCUCCGGCCGCAGCAAAAGCGAGCAGAGCUCCGAUUCGCCGAGCCGACAGCCCGUGGCGAUGAAUGGCCACGCCCACUCGCCUUCCACGGGACACGCCCCCUCGUCUUACAUGAGCAGCGACAACGACUCGGAGUUUGAGGAUGCAGACAUGAGGAAAGAACUGCAGAAGCUGAGAGAGAAACACAUGAAGGAGAUCUCUGAGCUGCAAGCGUUCCAGAGGAGCGAGAUUGAGCAUCUGUACACGGAGCUGGGCAAAACGCUGCCCCCCAACGUGGGCCUGGUCCACGCCGCGCCCCCAUGCGGCCGCAGGCGCAGAGCCAGCAAACACAAGCUGAAGGCCGGGAAGCUGCUCAAUCCAAUGGUGCAGCAGCUCAAAAACAAUCUCAACAUCUCGGCGGAGAGGAAAGGUGAGAGUGGCGCCAGUUCAUCCAGCUCGCCGGCUAAAAGUUCGGUUCUGUCGGACGGCUCCUCCCACUCCAGUGGCAGCUCCAGCUCCAGCAACCCGCCCGGCGGCGCGGCGCAGCAGGUCCUCACCCAGCAGCCCUGUUCCCUGAAGGGCUCCUUCUCCUCGGACAACAUCCACGCCGGGCUACACGCCGAGGGAACGGCCAACCAAGCCGGCUCCGGCCAAGGCUGGACGGUUUUCCACCAAACGUCAGAGAGAGUCACCUAUAAGUCUAGUAGCAAACCACGCACUAGAUUCCUCAGUGGACCUGUGUCUCUGUCCAUCUGGUCCACUCUGAAACGACUAUGUCUAGGCAAAGAUCGCAGUAGUAGGUCUGCCUUCAACAGCGCCGCGGCUCAGCCACAGCCGCCACUCGCCGCCGCCGCGCCGUCUCCCCAGCCAAUCGCGCGGCUCGCUCAGGUCCAGACCAACAACAGCAACAACAAGAUAGGCACGUUCACCGACGACCUUCACAAACUGGUGGACGACUGGGCGAAGGAGACCGCGGGGGCGGCGGCCAAUCAGCCGCGCCCCUCCCUCAACCAGAUCAAACAGCAGAGGCGGCAGCAGGACCUGGAGGCCAGAGCGCCGCCCGCGGGGGCCGCCACGCACGAGACAAAAUGCCACGCCGGCCCCCGCAUGUUCCCCUGCCCGCUGAGCGCCGCGUCAGGCCCUGGGGGGCCAACGAGCCUCGCUCCCAACGCCUCGCCGACGCUGCCCUCCGGGUACCUCUCGCCGACAGGCUCCUACGGAGGCGCCGCCCCUGGUCCUCUUCACCCACCGCAGUGGCCCGUCGCUGCGGGAAUAAUGCCCUACACCGCGAUGGCGAACCCGGGGGUCCAGGCCCAGCCUCUGGCCAUGCACGACCCAGAGAGCGGCACCCGCCUGAAGGCCGCUAGGACUACCUGACCGCCGCCCGUCGGUGUGCUCGGGCUGCGGUUCACUGAAGCCACAGAUGUACAUAAUCUGAUCCUGUAAAGUACAUGAUGCCAAGUGUUGAUAUUCUUACGACACUUAUAUCUGUAGUGUGUGUGUGUGUGUGUGGGCGCGUGUGUGUACUAUCCAAUAUGUAUGUCAGAGUACCUAAUGCUUUUUGGCUUUGGUUUUUACUAAACUCGGCCAUAAAAGACAAUUUGUCUGCUGUGUCAAACAGUUUCACUUUAGUCUUCAUUACAGCAUUUUCCACAUUGAUUUGGGCCUUUCUCACUUCAAACACUACAUUGGAAUCCAAAUACCAGUGGUGUGAGAUACUGUAUUUUAGAUAUUUUAAGGAAUGUAGUGCCUUGAACAUUGAUUUAUUUCUUUUCUUUUGUGAAACAAAGCAUGUGUGCAUCAGUUAUUUUAUUUGAUGGUAGCUUGAGUGCAGUCUCUCUUUUUUUUUUUUUUUUAAAUGCAUUACAGACACUUUUGUUUUCGGUUUACAUACGAAUGCCCUUGUAGAACUGCACUAUUAACACUAUGCUCUUAUUUAAAUAGUAAAAUCAUGUUUUAACCCUUGUUUACUUUCCACCCCUGUGACAGAUGGAAUGCCAUAGUGGUGAGAUGUACCGUUGCCUUGCAGAAACAAACAGUUCAUGUACGACUGAUGAGAGAAAGGAAGACAAAAAAAAAAAAGUUACGCCAGCAGCCAAACCCGCUCUUUCAGGUCAAACGGUUCCGUCAGACGCAGCCUCUUUUUUUGAUAGGACACCUGACGCGUUGGACGACCUCGUGCUCGGAGGGCCGGGCGGCGUCCAGAGCCAUACGCGCUUUGCACGGUUCCUACGACGGCGUACGCCUCUGGUAGCGUUCUGAUCAGAAUGUAGCAAUUAAUAUGUGACGGCUUCAGGCUCAAAAGUGCAAUUUAACCCCUCCACAAAGCUUUGAUCGUGGUCCUGCCACAAGCCUUAUCUCUGAAGUGUGCAACGGGAGCAAGAAACGAAAAAGCUCAACAGUUACAGAAUCACCAAGCAACAGACUGAGGUUACGUACAAACUUUACCGACCUCCGAGCGAGUCACUUCUGCUAAAUGUUCUUUCAACCUGGCUGUCCUAUUACUCCGCAUACACUAUGUGGGAAAUGUGUUGCGCAAUCACCAAUUGAGAACGAUGUCUUUAAAUUACUUGAUGUUUAAGCUUUUGUUUUUUUGCUGCUAUCAUUUGAGGUGAUUCCACUGUACAGCUAAGCAUUAUAUUCACAUAAAAUGGUACUUCAAUACAGAUUUAAAUUAACGAGUGCAAAGCUCUCAGAGCAGUGUUAUUGCGUGGUCAAAAGCUUGAUGUGUUUAUUGCUGAGUGACAGACAUUUUUUUUCUUCAGUCAUUUUGUUUUCAGUAAUAUAUUUCAAAAUUAAAAUACUUGAUGAGGGAGAUUUGCACAAUAUAGUCUCCCUUAAUUCAAAUGUUAUGUUUAAGACUCCCCAAUACCGUAUCAAGUGGGCCCCCCCCCCCCCCCCCCCUCACACGGACACCUUUUCUCACUGAAAACCAACUGUUCAUGUUCCACAACGCAAAGAUACAAUACAAACAAUACGACUCUUUGUUCAAUGUUUCUCAACUCCACAACACAUGUAUAAAGUUUCAGCAUCCCUAUUCUGCCAAGCUGUGAAUUGUACAGUUUUCUUGUAGUUUAUAUUUGUACUUUUUUUUGGGACUGUUUGAAGGUGAUUGUAGUGGUUGUAGUCGGGGUUGUUUUGAUGUAUAUUCCAUCAAUUCGGUUUGAAUUGGACUUUUAUAGGAUAUUAUGCAGAGUCUUCUGCUUUCGUUUGAAAUACUUACAGUUGUAAGAGAUUUCUGUUCUGUCCCUUAUAUCUGGUUUUGUUUCACCUCCUGAUUGCUGCCAACUCGUGGAGAGCAGAGGAAGGAGGAGCUGUUGGCGUAUUCCUUUGGCUGCAGAGAUCGAGCUGAGCUGCACAGAGGAAGGUGAUUGUGAGGAGGAGUCCUCACACUUCCCACUCUGCUCAUCUCACUUCUCUCUCUCUCUCUGUGUGUGUGCAACAUUGCCCGCUGGUGAAUAUGCUGCGAUUGUCAAAGGCUUGUAAUGAAAAUGUGUGGGGUUGCUUCUGCCUGCUGUGUGUCCCACUGCAUUAACCCACCCUGCCCUGCUGCACUCUAUUCACAGACUGUAUGUCCAGAGAGAAAUAAAUAUUAUUUUGUGCUUGA